AUGAGCUUCCCCUUCCAUAUCACCAAGCAUGUCAUUGAUGCUCAGUAUGUCCGAGACUCCCCUCGCGCAACAGCUACUCUGAACCCCACAUUAAAGCUCUGCGUCAAGAAAUACACGCCUAUCGAUAACCCCAAACCCCAGCCUGGAGAUGUCACUAUCGUUGCUACACACGGCACCAGCCUUCUUAAGGAACUAUAUGAGCCCCUCUGGGAAGAAUUACUGGCUUGCUCCAAAGGAAAAGGUUUUCGCAUUCGCGCCAUCUGGAUCGCGGACUCCACCAACCAGGGUGCCAGUGGCAUUCUCAAUGAGGAGCAGUUAGGGAAUGACACCUCCUGGUUCGACCAUGGCCGUGAUCUGAUCCAGAUGAUUAAUCAUUUUCGGGACGACAUGCCCCAGCCUAUCAUGGGCGUAGGACAUAGUCUCGGAGCGACGCAGCUAAUAUUCGCCUCAAUCUACCACCCCCGCCUCUUCACCUCUCUCGUCCUAAUCGAACCAUACGUGAAAAACAACCCAAUAGCAGGAAACGGGCCCGAGAUGCUCGCCAAAGCCACAUUCCGCCGCGACCAAUGGCCCUUCAGAAAAGAAGCUUGCACGAAAGCCCGCCAUGCCUUCAAAAACUGGGACCCACGGGUUUUCGCGCGAUGGACUGAAUUCGGAUACCGUGUUCUCCCCACGGCCAUCUAUCCAACCCCGACAGAGCCAGGCGCCGUGACAUUGACGACUACAAAACACCAAGAAACUAUGAUGUACACGUAUAUGAAUUACCGGAAACAAACCCCUGUUGUCAUGCCUGGGGAGGUUCUUGAUAAGGAGAUUAUCAAGGCGCUUCCGGAGAGGCAGAUGACUCGGGCGGAGCCUAUUCUUGCCUUUAAGAUGGUUCCACAUCUUGCGCCUUCGGUGUGUUAUAUCAGUGGCUCAAAGAGUCCGUUAUACAAAGAUGGGUCGCAUACGAAGGCGGCGAAAGUUACUGGGACGGAGUAUGGUGGAAACGGGGGAUUGGAAUCUGGGCAAGUCCGGCAUGAGGUUAUGGAGGGUUGCAAUCACAAUGUACCAUUGGAGAGCGUUGCAGCGACGUCGCGAAUUUUGGGAGCCUGGAUUCAGAGGGAGGUGAGGAUGUGGAAGGAUAGUGAGGAGAAAAUGGCGGGGGAAUGGUAUAGGCUCGCUGGGAAGGAAAAGUCUACUUUCCCGAGGGAUUGGCUGGAGAUUGCUAGUAGCUAUACUGGUAAGAGCAGGGCUAAGCUUUAG